CGCGGCGGCCGAGGAAGGGCUGGAGCCCCGGGCGCUGCAGUACGAGCAGACCCUGAUGUAUGGCCGGUAUACUCAGGAUCUCGGGGCCUUUGCCAAAGAGGAAGCAGCUCGGAUUCGCCUGGGGGGGCCUGAGCACUGGAAAGCCCCCCCUUCCCCUCGGGCUCCCCCAGAGCUCCUGGAGUAUGGACAGAGCCGUUGUGCCCGAUGCCGCAUCUGCUCAGUACGCUGCCACAAGUUCCUGGUGUCCAGGGUUGGCGAAGACUGGAUCUUCCUGGUCCUGCUGGGGCUCCUCAUGGCACUGGUCAGCUGGGCCAUGGACUACGCCAUCGCGGCCUGUCUGCAGGCUCAACAGUGGAUGUCCCGGGGCUUGAACACCAGCAUCCUGCUCCAGUACCUGGCCUGGGUCACCUACCCCGUCGUCCUCAUCACUUUCUCAGCCGGAUUCACACAGAUCCUGGCCCCUCAGGCUGUCGGGUCCGGCAUCCCUGAGAUGAAGACCAUCCUGCGGGGAGUGGUGCUAAAAGAGUACCUCACUCUCAAGACCUUCGUCGCUAAGGUCAUCGGGCUAACCUGUGCCCUGGGCAGCGGGAUGCCCCUCGGCAAAGAGGGCCCGUUCGUGCACAUCGCCAGCAUGUGUGCCGCCCUGCUCAGCAAGUUCCUCUCCCUCUUCGGGGGCAUCUACGAGAACGAGUCCCGGAACACGGAGAUGCUGGCCGCCGCCUGCGCUGUGGGAGUGGGCUGCUGCUUCGCGGCGCCCAUUGGAGGUGUCCUGUUCAGCAUCGAGGUCACCUCCACCUUCUUCGCGGUGCGCAACUACUGGCGUGGCUUCUUUGCGGCCACCUUCAGCGCCUUCAUCUUCCGGGUCUUGGCAGUCUGGAACCGCGACGAAGAGACCAUUACAGCUCUCUUCAAAACCCGAUUCCGCCUCGACUUCCCCUUCGACCUGCAGGAGCUGCCAGCCUUUGCUGUCAUCGGUAUUGCUAGUGGCUUCGGGGGCGCCCUUUUCGUCUACCUGAAUCGGAAGAUUGUCCAGGUGAUGCGCAAGCAGAAGACCAUCAAUCGCUUCCUCAUGAGGAAACGCCUGCUCUUCCCAGCCCUGGUGACCCUGCUCAUCUCCACUCUGACCUUCCCCCCGGGCUUUGGACAGUUCAUGGCUGGACAGCUCUCACAGAAGGAGACGCUGGUCACCCUGUUUGACAACCGGACGUGGGUCCGCCAGGGCCUGGUGGAAGAGCUGGAACCACCGGGCACAUCACAGGCGUGGAGCCCCCCACGCGCCAACGUCUUCCUCACGCUGGUCAUCUUCAUUCUCAUGAAGUUCUGGAUGUCAGCGCUGGCUACCACCAUCCCGGUGCCCUGCGGGGCCUUCAUGCCUGUCUUCGUCAUUGGAGCGGCGUUUGGGCGUCUGGUGGGCGAAAGCAUGGCCGCCUGGUUCCCAGAUGGGAUUCACACGGACAGCAGCACCUACCGCAUCGUGCCUGGGGGCUACGCCGUGGUUGGGGCGGCGGCACUGGCGGGAGCAGUGACGCACACGGUGUCCACCGCGGUGAUCGUGUUCGAGCUCACGGGCCAGAUCGCGCACAUCCUGCCGGUCAUGAUCGCCGUCAUCCUGGCCAACGCCGUGGCCCAGAGCCUGCAACCCUCACUGUACGACAGCAUCAUCCGCAUCAAGAAGCUGCCCUACCUGCCGGAGCUCGGCUGGGGCCGCCACCAGCAGUACCGGGUACGAGUGGAAGACAUUAUGGUGAGGGAUGUUCCCUACGCAGCCCUGGGCUGCACCUUCCGAGACCUGCGGCUGGCACUGCACAGGACCAAGGGCCGCAUGCUGGCCCUCGUGGAGUCCCCUGAGUCCAUGAUCCUCCUGGGCUCCAUCGAGCGCUCGCAGGUGGUGGCGUUGCUGGCGGCCCAGCUGAGCCCAGCCCGCCGCCGACAGCACAUGCGCGAACGGAGAGCUGCCCAGGCCUCGCCGCCAUCCGAUCAGGAGAGUCCGCCCAGCCCCGAGCCGUCCGUGCGAUUCCAGGUGAACACAGAGGACGCGGGCUUCCCCGCAACCCCUGGGGAGGCUCACAAGCCCCUAAAGCCUGCUCUCAAGAGGGGGCCCAGCAACCCCAUGAGCCUCAGGGAGAGCCCCACAGGGAGCGUGGAGUCCGCGGGCAUCGCCCUCAGGAGCCUCUUCUGUGGCAGUCCACCUCCUGAGGCUGCUUCCGAGUUGGAGAAGUCAGAGUCCUGUGACAAGCGCAAGCUGAAGCGCGUCCGCAUCUCCCUGGCGAGUGACUCGGACCUGGAAGGCGAGAUGAGCCCCGAGGAGGUCCUGGAGUGGGAGGAGCAGCAGCUGGACGAGCUGGUCAACUUCAGUGACUGCAAGAUCGACCCCGCCCCCUUCCAGCUGGUGGAGAGGACCUCUUUGCACAAGACGCACACCAUCUUCUCGCUGCUGGGAGUGGACCACGCUUACGUCACCAGUAUUGGCAGACUCAUUGGGAUCGUCACCCUAAAGGAGCUCCGGAAGGCUAUCGAGGGCUCUGUCACAGCACAGGGUGUGAAAGUCCGGCCGCCCCUUGCCAGCUUCCGAGACAGCGCCACCAGCAGCAGUGACACAGAGACCACUGAGGUGCACGCACUCUGGGGGCCCCGCCCCCGCCACGGCCUCCCCCGGGAAGGCAGCCCUUCUGACAGCGACGACAAGUGCCAGUGAGCUCCACGAGCCUGGGAUGGCGGUGCCAGCGGCAACCGACCUGCCACCCUCACUCCCACUGCCUGGGGAAGCAGCGGACGGCUGCAGCCAGGGCUGGAGCCCCAGCCUCUCCACCCCGGGCUUCUCCCUGUUCAUCCUACCUGGAACCACGACACCCACCUGCAGCAAGUCGUCAAAGGCAGGAAGAUGGGCACUGCCCUGCCAGGACAGGGUGGGGUCACCUGGCCCCUGCUCCCACUUUGGUGGGGAGAGGCAGCAGAACUAAGAUGGGUUUAUACUGGAACUUCCAAUGACCAGAUGUAUAUAGAGAUUUACAAAGAUUAUUAUAUUAAUUUAAUAAAACAAAUUCUUAAAUAGCACAAAAUAAACACCUAAUGAGCCACUUCUACAUAGAA